GACUGAAUAGUGUUAGCUUGAGUUGAGACCUUAGGCUUAGAGUGUAUGUUUUCUAAGGUCUCGUAUUCAAUUUUCUUUUCCAACAAUUUCGGUGGCUAGUUCAUACCGAGUUUUGGUCUUUAAAUGGACCGUCACAAAUAAACAGUAGGAUUGGUCCUCGGUGGCUAGUUCAUACAGAGUUUUGGUCUUUAAAUGGACCGUCACAAAUAACCGGUGAAAUUGGUCCUCUCAAAUUAGUCGGUCUUUACGUCAAAUAUCAAGUUUUAAAUAAAUAAAUAAAGUUGACAAUAAAAUAAAAUCCACAGUGCGUGGAUAUGGGAGAGUGCACGUGUCAUACCCUGAGUUGUAGCUUUGUUGUGGUGUUCUGAACAGAUAUCACAAAUGCAAAAGGGCUGUUUUGGAUUCCUUCAUCCUUAAAACGCUACCAAGGUAAGUAACUCAUAACAAUCACUUCUUCUUUUCUCUAGCUACAUUGUAAUGUCCAUUGAAUCACAUGUUUAUAGAUUUUGUUUGUAAUUACUCUACUUUGAGAAAUUCAUGUUGGUUAGUACUUAGUACUCAUUGUUCAUCAUUUUACUAGAUCAUGCUUGUAUUACAUUGAUACCUUAUCCCUUAGCUUAGGAUCAGAUAAGUAGCUAAGAAAUGCAAAAGUAGCUUCUAUGAUUAACCACUAGCUACAAGCUAACUUAUCAAAAUUUCAUUCAUAAAUUCUUGAUUAUUAUUAUUAGCCAAACAAGGUUUUGUAUAGAAAAUAUGUCACUAGUUUUUACUCACCACCAGAAUAUUUUGCAUACCAAGUCCUUUGUAACUCUCAGAUUAGACCUAUGCUUACAUAAACCACUUGAGUCUAGAAUUUCUCAUUUAGUUUUCAGCUUAGUUCCUAACCAAAGUCAUGGAAAACUAUGUCUUGGUGGGACAAAAUUUGAACCUAUUAUAAAAAUCGGGCAAAACUUCUUCCGCGGUAAGACAAGAGUUGCUGUUGACGAGUAUCAACAAGACUUGCCUAAUGAAGAUGACGAUGAUGAUGAUGUCUGUCCGGUUGAAUGUGUGAGAGAAUUCACAACUGACGAGGAGUUCGGCAAAAUUUUGAAUAAGUCUAAAGGAACUGGAUCUCUAGUUGUGGUGGAUUUCUUUCGCACUUCUUGUGGAAGUUGCAAGUAUAUAGAACAAGGUUUUGCAAAGUUGUGCAGGAAAUCUGGUAGCCAUGAUGCUCCUGUUAUCUUUCUAAAGCAUAAUGUAAUCGAUGAGUAUGAUGAGGAAUCCGAGGUUGCGGAGAGACUCAGAAUCAGGGCUGUGCCUCUCUUCCACUUCUACAAAGAUGGAAAACUGUUGGAAGCAUUUCCAACCAGAGACAAAGAAAGGAUUAUUGCUGCCAUCCUCAAGUACUCAUCUCUUGAAGCAGAAGAUAUUUUGAGCUAACUUCAAACUCAAGGGACGUUAUCACGCCGCUCUCGGGGACUGUUUUUCAGAUAAACUGGUCUUUGUUGUGUGUGACAAUAUUCAUUAAACAACAUUCAGUAUUUAUACUCAGAAUAAAAUACUUGAGUCCUUUCAGCCUAAUUCACUUUGUUGGGAAGUAUCCAGUGGAGAGCUUAAUGUCCAUUAGACAUUAUAAAACCAAAAAAGAGUAAUAGUACCUUUAAUGUUUGAGGAUACUAGCAGAUGAGUCUGGCUAUGAAUGUGAUUCAAAACUCAAUUGAGUACAUGUAAAUUUUAUUUCAUUUGUUGUUACUUACAUAUUUGAUAUAUACUUCAAUUUAUGUUCCA